UCAUGAACAAUCCGUGAACAGAUCCUUAGAUUUUCUGUUUCAUAAGGCAUCUUUUGAUUUUUUGUCUAGAUUUGUCUCCUUCCUUGCUUCCAUUUCUGCGUUUUUUUUGUAUUAUUCUAUUUGUUGCCAUUUGUCUGGUUAUCAAUUUUUUUCUGAAAUUUUUAUAUUUUUCUUUAUCAGUAUCUAUAGUUUCAUAAGAUUUUCUCCUUUUUAGAAUCUAUUGUUCUAUGAUUGGUCAAGUCAAUUGCUAAAUAUUUCAGUAAUCGUUUCGGAAUAUAUAUAUAUAUAUAUAUAUAUAUAUAUAUAUAUAUAUGAGUCGUGUUGAUUCUUGAUUAUAAACAUAGAUUGUUUGAGUGGGACUACUCUCUUCUGAUUCUUCUUUGUUUUUGUGUGUAGAGACAGUAAAGCUAUCUGGGAGUGGAGCCUUCAUCUCUAAGAAACCUGAACUCAUCUGAAAUUUGUUUAAAAGCAAACUAUAAAACAUCAUAAAAGAUGGAGGAGAUGUCACCUGAUAAUAUACACGGACUCAUUUUAGCUGUGUCUUCCAGUAUAUUCAUCGGUUCUAGCUUCAUCAUCAAGAAAAAAGGUCUCAAGAAGGCUGGUGUCAGCGGACCCAGAGCAGGGGAAGGAGGGUAUGGGUACUUAUGUGAACCCUGGUGGUGGGCUGGGAUGAUAACUAUGAUUGUUGGGGAGAUAGCAAACUUUGCAGCUUAUGCAUUCGCACCUGCUAUUCUAGUGACACCUUUGGGAGCGCUAAGUAUCAUUUUCAGUUCAGUGCUGGCACAUUUUAUUUUGCAAGAGAAGUUGCAUAUGUUUGGUAUACUUGGCUGCGUCCUCUGUGUUGUUGGAUCCACAACGAUUGUCUUACAUGCACCUCACGAGCAGGACAUUGAAUCAGUCAAGCAAGUAUGGUACCUUGCUACCGAACCAGGCUUCCUUGCGUACUCUGCUGUGGUGAUAGUUGUGGUACUUGCUCUAAUCUUCUACUACGAGCCGCGUUAUGGGAAGACGCAUAUGAUAGUAUACGUUGGGAUUUGCUCAUUAAUGGGUUCUCUUACUGUUAUGAGUGUGAAAGCCGUGGCCAUCGCCAUAAAGCUGACGUUUUCCGGGAUGAACCAGUUCAAGUUCUUCCACGCAUGGAUCUUCAUCAUAGUAGUGACCAUAUGUUGCCUUUUGCAAAUCAACUACUUGAACAAGGCCCUAGAUAAUUUCAACACCGCAGUCAUAUCUCCAGUGUACUACGUUAUGUUUACAACGUUCACCAUCUUAGCUAGUAUGAUCAUGUUCAAGGACUGGGCUUCUCAGAGCGGAUUGCAAAUUGCCACCGAGCUAUGUGGCUUUGUGAUCAUUUUAUCAGGAACAUUUCUUCUCCACAAGACAAAAGACAUGGGAAACAGUGCCAACACACGUGGGGCCACGUCCCAGUCCCCUAGAGAGACUCCUGUGUUUAUCAACUCAGGUUCCACUCGCAGUUCAAAUUCCAGUCUCUAGCCUUUUGAUUCUACAAUCCUACGGCUAAGAUGGUAGAUCAUCUGACGGCUUAGAACGAGGCAACAUAAGUAACAAAAGGCCAAAGAGAGCUUUUUAAAAAAAAAAAUGAAAAAACAGAGCAAAUGGGUUUCAAAGGUAUACUCUGUUUUUGAGGAGGGGAAGGUUUAGAGAAAAAAAUUGUUAGGGACAAUAUUUGAUUGAUUGCUUAACGUUAUUUUUAUCUAAAUUUGUUUCUCAUAUGAGAUACUAGGGGUUUUCCGGCGCCGGUUUUCUAAUAUUAGUUAUGUUUUAAAGUCGACGGAUUAAUUAUAAUUAUAAUUUUUAUAUGAA